AUGUCUUCGUCUCGAACGCAAGCUGUUCAAUCCAAGCCUCCAAAACAAAGAUCGAUUUAUCUCAUAACCUAUAGUCAAUGCGGUAAUUCAGGUCUAAGUAGACAAGCAUUUGCCCAGAUAAUACUCGAUGCGUGGAAUGACUCCUGUCUCUCAAGAAUAAUCCAGUGGGUAGUCAGUGAAGAAAUGCAUCAGGAUGGUGGCAAGCAUUUCCAUAUGGCAUUGAAACUGGACAAGAAAACAAGGUGGCUGGCCGUCCGGAAUUUUCUUGACAUGCGUCAUGGAAUCAAAGUGAACUUCUCAGAUAAACACGAUAAUUACUUCAGCGCGUAUAAAUAUGUAGUAAAAGAUGACGCAGAUUAUGUCCUGUCUGAUAAUCACCCUGAUCUCACAAAUGCCACUGCACCGCGAACAACCAAUGCGUCCCAAAAACGUAAGGGGACCGCUAAGAAGGCCGGAGCUGCUACUAAGAAAAAAAAGAAACGCAUGGCAGUUUACGACGUCGUCCGGAUAAUCCAAACGAAAGGAAUCAAGUCGCGGCUGGAACUAAUGGCACUGGCAAGCAAGUGGCAAGAACAGGGCAAGACGGAUUUGGCAGAAUUUGUGUCCAAUCGAGGUCCGAGAGUUGUAAACGAAGCUCUAGAGACAGCACACGAACUAACCAUGGCAGAAAAACGAUUGGAGAGAAUAAACAAAACUAGAAUACAAUUGCUUCAAGAGCAUUUGACACAACCGUGCCGAGACAAUUGCGAGGGAAUAUGGCUACGUUCGGCAGCCGAGAUAUUGGAGGGGAACGGCAUACCUGUUUCGAUAUUCGCUGGUGCUGUCUAUGAUGCCCUGCUGCGAGGAAGAGGCAAAUAUAGAAAUAUCUAUAUUUAUGGCCCUGCUAACUGUGGAAAAACCUUUUUAAUUUCGCCUUUGAAAACCAUCUAUGAGUGCUUUGUUAAUCCUGCCUCAGGGAGUUUUGCGUGGGUUGGCGUAGACCAAGCGGAGGUGGUUUUACUUAAUGAUCUGAGAUGGAAACCUACCCUUAUACCAUGGUGUGAGUUUUUGCAGGUUUUAGAGGGUGAUAUCGUGCAUUUUCCAGCCCCUAAAAAUUUUGUGAGAAAGGAUAUUGUGUUGGACAAGGACACGCCAUUUUUUGCGACUAGUGACGCCCCUCUUGCCUUAGUUAAUGGGGGAAGUGUCGAUCGAGUCAACACUGAAAUGAUGGAGGUCCGAUGGCGUAUGUUCAAAUUACAUCGCCAAAUACCAAAAGAAGAGCAAAAACAGAUGAAACCUUGUAGUUCUUGCUUUGCCAAACUUAUUUUACAAAAUGCUGAGUGUUAGCAAACAAUAAUAUAUUAACAGGAUAAGACAAUUAGCAGUGAUUAUAUACUUGUCUGUCAACAAACCAUUUACUGAACGAAGCUCACCAACGAAUCUCAGUCUAAAAUACGGUUUUGUCGCAGUUUUUAAAGAAAUAUAGUUUACAUUUGUUCAUUUUCUAACACUAUGUAUGUGUUAACAAUAUUCUAUAGUCAAAAAUGUUAAAAAAAAUUAAAAUUUUACAUAUAACUAACGAAGCUCACCCAAACAUUGUAAAUGAACUUGAUAUGUCUCUGCCCUUUCUAAGGCGCAAGCGAGAAUCGUUGGACAAAAAUCAUCUCUCACUUGUUUGUAUCGUUCUCAAUAGUUGUAAAAUGAAGCAUGCUGAUAUUAUAGGCUUGAUAUCAAUGAUCCAUAAUGACUUUGCUAAAUAAAAGUUUCUGGUAAGUCAGUUACAGCGUAUAUAAGAUGCAAUAUAAGGUCUAGAUUUAAGUGAGCUUCGUUGCCUAGUGAGCUCAGUGUCACGUGCCUAGCGAACAAACGUGCUAAUAUUUGGUUCUAUAGCCCUUUCCGGCCAUUACUGCGUCGAUGCGUCUAGGCAUACUCGUUAUUAAGUUAUUUAUAAAAUCUAAAGAAGUAUCUAGCAGUGUUUUAGAAACUCUCUCCUUGAACUCCAUCCAUGUUUCAUGAUUGAUUCCCUGCGCUCGAACCUGCAUCUGUAGAUUGCUUUUGACUAUAUGGAAAACAUUUUCAAUUGGAUUGAGGUCGGGUGAACGAGCAGGUAUACAGAAAAGCUGCGCAGCUUGAUCCUUGAUAGCUUUCAAUGCCAUGGUACUUGUUUGCGAAGGGUCGUUAUCCAUGAUAAACAUCUUUCUGCAUUCUCGUCCAUGAAAUAGGACCGGGAAAUUUCUGUUUACAAAAUCACUGAAAUAUGCGCCAUUCAUCUUCGUAUAUUCCUCAACGAAAAACACUCCCCUGUUGUAUGCAAUUGCGACAAGUAAAUGCAAGCGCUUUCCCCCUGCCAGAUUUUUGGAUCCUUUAGCCGUAAUCUUUAAACCUUCGGCUCUUUUUCGCCACACUUUACCCUUUGGUGCUACGGCUUGCGCCAUUGGUCUUGGCUUGUACACGAAUGAAACACCGUCGAGAUAAAAGGCAAUAACCUCGUGGAAAUACGUAGGCUCAUUUUGUAGUAUUUUCUUACAUUCUCGUGCAAACUUCACUCGUUUAACGCGGUCCGAUCGACUUACUAGUCCUUUCUUGCGCGCUUGUAGAUACUGAAAACCUUCACUACGCAGCUCUCGAUAAAAUGUUCUGUACGAAAUGCCGGAUAAAUGGAGUCCACUGUAAGCGACCAAAGAUUUAAUUGAAAAGCCAGGAUUGUUUUCGCGCAAUUUAAAUAAUGAUCUCAAUAAGUGCCGUCUAUCUCGAGGUGACAAUUUUUUGGGCCUUCCUCGUCUUUCCGCUGAUAAUGGUUGGUUUUUGCUUUUACUUAAAAUACGACGAACAGUUGAUUUCGAAACACCCGCCUUUUCCGCAAUUUUUCGUAACGAAUACUUUCCCUUCGCGCCAAGAUAAACCACAUGUCCACGCAUCUGAUCCGUAAUGUUGGUAUGGUAGACCAUUUUUAUUGAAAUAAUCAAUUGGUAUUCACUCACUGUAGCCGCAAGCGCGCGAGGAUGCAAUUUAUAGCCGCAUUGCGCUUACGUCAUGCAAUAAGUCUUUAUCACAUAUAAUCAGUCACGUCAUCAAGGUUGGGCUUAAUGUAAUUGUUCUUAAGUACCUGUGUGGCUUGUGUAAUUCUUAGUCACUGUGAAGUAAACGUAACUCGAGCAAUACUUCUCUGCAAUGAUGUUCCUGUUUUUAUUAUUAGAAAAGCGCAAACUUAUGCAAAUUACGUAACCUCGAAAAACAACCAUUCUAAAUAUAGUAAUGACGCCGUACAAUAUAGUAAUGAUGUACAUAUUACAAAACGGUUAUACGCAUUGAUUACAUCACGCCAAACGCCCAAACUACGGGCACUUGACUCUGUAAUCGUAAAGUUAACUUCAGUUUUAUAGAAGUGUAACUCACCGAGCAUGAUAUAGACAAUCUUUGCCAAAAACUAUGAGACAAAUAGUGAAAGUUCAUAUAACUUCUUCUGUCCAUUUCCCCCCGCGCCCCCCGUUCAAUGUUGAUGUCACAAAAAAUGGAUACAUCGCAAACGAGACGUCAUCUGGCAUCAACGCAACAUUGAAAAGGGUGGGGGGAGGGAGGGAUGAAUAUUCACGUGGAAAAGUUGUACAAUGUCUAUAUAACGUUUUUGAAACUACAUUGUCCCAUAGUAUAUUGUCAAAGAUUGUAGGUACACACGACCACAAAUUUUAAAUCAUUAGAGACUGUGUGUAAAUUGAUUUAAUGAACUAUCUUAGUUGGAAAUUGUUUGUCAAAGGAACCUACCAAACUGUACAAUGAUAAACAAUAUAUCAUGACAUAAUUGAAUCAUGUCUUCUAUCUGUCCCCUUUUACCUGCCUUUCAGUAUAGUAUUAAUAUAGUAUUUCUUUUAAGAUGUUGUCAGUGUAGAAAGGCUGCACAGUAGUAUUGAUGAAUAUUUCCCUUGUGUUAUUAUAUAAAUGCACAUCUUUGUCAAAUAUAUCCAUACACUUAUCAAUGGUAAUCCUCAGGGUGCCAUGCUGGCUAUCCAAAACAUAGUAUUGGGACAAUUAGCACUACAAACAUAUAAUUUAAUUAAAUAUAUUUUCCAAACUAUCCCACUUUUGUGAGCAAAUUUCAUAAUUAUAACUUAUAUACACCAUGCAGUUACAGUUAUAUACAGUAUAAUUUAUACCGUCCAUCAUUUUAUCAUUCUAAGAUCAACAUCUGGCAGGAGAAUGACAUAUACAGCUUAUAUCAAAUUAUAUUUGCACAGACAAAGCAUAUAUACUCGACUAUGGUAGGCGAGCAAGCCCAGGUAAUCAUCUUUGUUUGCAAAAUAUCCAGUGUACAGUAAUUGCCCAAUAACUCAGGCAAUGCAAAGCAAUUAGACUCUUGUCAUGAGGCAUGCCAGCUCAUUUCCAUAUAAAAUGAAAAUGAAAUGUAAUAGGAUAUACCACUGGAACUUGCAACUUGAACCAAUUACCUUUCAUGUAAACUCCCCCUUAGUCUUCUAACCAAUAUUGCAUCACUAUUAGAAAUCUCAUUAAUUAACCUGCAAUAUUAUUAUGCACCAUAAUUACAUACAGAGCCUGAUGCAAGUCUUGACCCACACCAUAGUUUUAUUUUUAUCACCGGUAUCCAAUCAAAAUGUGCCAGGAGAAAUGUCAAUUUCACAUAAUUUAACAACAAGCUGAAUAUAGUUGCAAUCACUAAAUCUAUAAUUAUUUAAUUAUAUAUAGCAUUAACCAAAAUAUAAAAAAAUACAUUAAAUAUGGCAUGAAUACUCAUGCUAGAAAUAGCCAAUCAGAGUUACAACCAUAAAGGAAGUUAUCCAUACACUCACCCCUGCUGGUAUAAACAAGCAACAACUACAAGUAUUUAUAAAUCAGUCGGCAGAAAUAAAAGCAUAUAUGCCUAUAUCAACAUUUAUCCUACUGGGUGAAUUUGAUAUUUAAUCAUAGGUAUUACAGCUUUCAAUCUGUGUGAAUUUGAUAAAUAUUUACUGAAUCUUCUAUUUACAUUUAUCUUUACCUUUUCAUCCAGUCUUUUGAGCUUCACAGCCCUUGCCCAAGCCUUUUUUGUUUUUGCCACAAUUGCCUUGUUAUCCAGUGGCAUAUUUCCAGAAACAAAAACCAUAGGAUUUUAAAAUAAUAACAUAAGAACAAAAUAAUUGGAAAAAAUUUAACAAUCAGACCAACAAUAAAGAAUUUUUACCAAGGCAAAAUUUGCCAACUUUCAUUUGUGCGAGCACCUUGAAACCUUGAAACAUUUAUCCUCCUAAUCCCCCUAUUAACCCUGCUAGGUCUGGCAUUACCCCCAAGAAACCAAUUGUUCAAGGGCCAAGACAAAUUGCACAAUUUUGGAAGUCAAAUUAGUCACCAGUCUUUUGGAAUUUUUGCCACAGACUUAAAAAAAAUUUGUCACACUUUUAAUUGAUGCUUUGGCAUGCAUUUUUUCAAGUGUGGAUGGCAUGUGGGUAACCUUAGUAAAUGAAAGUACCCCCAAACAGCUUCACUCAUUCUUAUUUACUAGAAAAUACAUGCAUGCAGAAACCCUCGCCUUGCUGACAAAACCAUUUUAUUUUCCGAACGUGAAGUAUUUUAAGUAGUUGUCAUGGUAACACGAUAAUUUUUUAAGAAUAUUUUUACAAAUGAAAAAUCCCCUAUAAAUAUAACUUUUAAUUACAAAAUUAUCAAUUUCCUAAACAUAUAUAUGUUAGGUAUGUUAUUAUACGUAAUAUAAGCUUGAAUUUAAGGUAAAAUUCAACCACAAACGCUUCGCAAAACGUUUUAAACUGUUCUUUUACUAUAAAACUAAACUGCCUUUAUCAAUAAACAUUGAGUUCGAAAUAAAGAUUCGAAAUUCUCCCAUGCAAAUAACUUUGCUUAUUAUAAUAAAAAGUGUAAUCAAUAAAGAAACACUGAAAUAAUACGCUGUCUUGUUUCAUAUUUAUACACAACGAUCGGCUUUUAAAGUAAUUACAGUAGGUAUGUUAUUAUACGUAAUAUAAGCUUCAAUUUAAGGUAAAAUUCAACCACAAACCCUUCGCAAAACGUUUGAAAGUGUUCUUUUAAUAUAGAACUAAACUGCCUUUAUCGAUAAACUUUGAGUUCGAAAUAAAAUGAUUCCAAAUUCUCCCAUGUAAAUAACUUUGCUUAGUAUAAUAAAAAGUGUAAUCAAUAAAGAAACACUGAAUUAAUACGCUGUCUUGUUUCAUAUUUUAUAUACGCAACGAUCGGCUUUUAAAGUAAUUACAGCCGAGAUUACAGUAUAUUAAAAGCAAACAAUGCAUCAAUAUUUAAAACAAACUUACCUUCGUUAACGUCGGCACCAUUACUUUCUUCUUUUAGCAAUCCUCUUGCCUUUAUUUCAUGAAAUAUAUUUGAUAUUAUGAAAUAUAUUUGAUAAAUGAAAUAUAUUUGCAAGAGAUCAUCAAAUCAAUUUCGCUGUCGUCAAUCGUCAUGCAGCCGUUAUAAUGCCAAUUUUAAAUUGGACCAAUAGUGUUGGCUAUUCAUUACAGUCCGCUAUAUUAUGAGAUCAGUGAGGAUGACCACCCACCGAAACACGCACAGUGACCCACGCCCGCGAUAUUUGAUGAACUUUAGACUUCGCUAAUGCUUCCCUUCCCCGGGUGUAAAUAGCCGGGGGGAAUUAGUACCCUCGCACGGCGCUUCGCGCCGUCGGCUCGGGGAUUAUUAUUUUUAUUUAAUCUUAUUUUACAAUGGUAGGCCCUUCAGUGAAUUACCACUGAUUUUCAAGGGGCUGUUGCUAAAUUAAUGCACAAGAAACAUACAUAUAUUACAUACUAUAGGUGAAAUUCUAAAAAAGGUAUAAAAUGUUAUAAAAGGUAUUACUUUAUUUACAAGCUUGUUCCUCCAUGUUAUUGAGACUGACCAACUGAUAUUGCUCUAUCUUUUGUGCACUUCGGCAGAUCAUUCCAAAGAGCAGCACCUGAAUAACUGAGGUUUUUUUCAAAUACUUUGUAUUCGGUUUUGGAAGUGCAAAAUCUAAUUCAUUACUGCGAAGGUUAUAGUUUUUAUUGUUGCUAGUGUUAAACAUGCUCGUCAGGCUUUCAGGAAACUCAGCAUUUCUUAUUUUAUAGAUAAAUAUUGCCCUUUUGUCUUUUCUUCGGUCUAGCAAUGGUUGCCAUCCUAAGUUUUUACAAUCUCACUUGAACAAGUUUCAUAGAUUUUCCAGUUGUGACUCUUGCAGCCCUGUUCUGCAGUUUUUGUAAUUUUUCUAGUAGAUAUUUACUGCAAUUAUCCCGGACAAGGCUACAAUAGUCAAAAUGUGGCAUUAUCAGUGCACUGUAUACAGUCCUUAAAGUUUCAUGGGGAACAUAGGCUUUCACUCUCCUUCACAUGCCAAUUCCUCUAGAAACUUUGGUAGUUAUUUUGUCAAUUUGAUUUCUCCAUAGUAAUUUUUUGUCGACGACAAUACCUAAUGUUUUUGCUUGUUUAACUCUUUUUAUAUCAAUACCGUCAAGACUGAUCUUCGGAUCAUCAUCAAUUUUUGCUAACCGCUGCCGAGAGCUAAUUAUCAUAUAAACUGUUUUUUCUUUGUUAGGAGUUAAUUUGUUGGUUAACAGCCACAUAUGAAUAUUUUCUAAAUUGGAAAUUAACCGGUUUUGUAUAUCUUCUAUUGGACUUCGCAGAUGUUGUUAAAUUUGUAUCGUCAGCAAACAUACUAGCUAUUGAAUGAGAUAGCUAGGCAAUAAAGUAAAAAUAAUAACGGCCCCAAAGUAGAGGCCUUGUGGUACACCACAGCAAAUAACAUGUUCCUGAGAUAUAGUACGACCAAUUUUGCACAUCUGACUUUGUGUAUUUUCACUGCACCCAUACAACUUUAGUUUUCUCAUUAGAAUAUUGUGAUUUACACAAUCAAAAGCUUUUUGAAGGUCUAGGAAAAUAACUCCAUUUAAAUAUCCUUUGUCCAUGUUAAUAAACCACUUGCUAGUAGAAUUUAAAAGCGAUGUUUCUGUCGAGUUUUUCUUCCUAAAACCUGCCUGUUGUUGUGUGAGUAUGUUUCUCGUUUCCAGAAAUGUUGACAAUUGAUUUGAUAUAAGUUUUUCAAAAACUUUAGCUACAACUGAAAGUACUGAAAUUGGCCUAUAGUUAUUGCAUUCUAAAUAGCUUUCUGAUUUAAAGAUUGGUGAUAAAAACAUCAGUCAACAGCAAUUGGUUAAAUAUUUGAGUUAAGCUAGACGUUAUCACACCAGCUGAGUCUUUUAAAAGUUUAGGUGAUAUUCGAUCAUGGCCCGUAGCUUUGGAUUAGGAUAAUGCUUCGACCUCUGUUACAUUUUGUAAUUUGAAUGUAGUCAUUUUCAGGUUUAAUAUAUGACUCGGGUGUACAGGUUUAAUAUAUGACUCCUUGUACUUUCUGGUAGUUUUUGAGCAAGAGUUGUUCCAAUUUCAUUGAAAAAACUGUUAAAUGUAUUUACAAUACAUUGCCAGAAAUUUGAUACAACAUGGCGCCUCAGGCCCAAAACGGCAUAAUUAUAAGACGUAUGCACACAGCCUGAACGCAAGAAAUAUAUAAGAUAAACACCACUCACCUCUCUAUCCAUCUCUGUUAUUUUCUCGCAGAUUGAGUAUAGUGUUUUCCACAAGUCCCAGUUUAUAGAAUAGUGUUCAAACAAUGUUAAGGAGGCAAAAGUAGAGCUGUUUUGAACAUGCAAACCGGUUCCAAAAGUUCUUGAAAAUGAAUGCCAACAAACAGUAUUAUCUGCCAUAUUUAUUCGCUUUUUGCGUGCUGCAUGACAAGUUUAGGUCCUCAUGAUAUCGUCACAUUACAACUGUUUUUUUGUCCACAAGUCUCGUUCGUCACAACAGAAGAUCAACUCGAUUUCUAUCCAAAAACUCUCAACUGUUCAGCAAUUUAAACUGGUUCUAAUUGCCUUUAAAGAAACACAUUUUUCACCCUUGCACGAACUGUAACAUUUAAAUGAUAAUGGCCUUCCUCUACUGCAAAAAGUAAAAAAGGCUGCUUUUGAAGCCUUUGAAGGCUAUCUUUUUAAAGCCUUCUUGUCCGCCAUUUUGUUUGUUGUUAUGCAAUGUAACCUCCCCUUAUUUAACAGAGCAAAAUACUGCCUAUCUUGGGCCCCAAAAGGCAUCUUAAACCCAAAAUCUAGCGCAAAAAUAUUGAAAUUUUACGCACGGCAAGAUGUCUGAAAGAAGACCUUUAUUUUGUGUUGAAGUCCUCUAUCCGGUUCUAAAGGUAUGGCAUAACUAUAAACGUACAAACACAACUAUCGAUUACAUCGACCUUCUCGAGGCAACUAUUCCUGGUGGAUGUUUUGUGUUCAGCCACGAGGAAAGUGUUUUGGAAAGAGGUUGACGACAACCUAGCUAGAAUUGCAGGCUUCAUGGCUCAGCUAUAUAGAAAAUCAAAAGACGAUAUCGGCAAGAUCUUGAUGAUAAAGUGAACAAAUUUCAGGGACAAAACAAAGAAGUAGCUAAAUUCAAGGCUGAAAUUUCAAAAGUAAAAGAUGAAUUGGAAUUUCAGUCAACCAAAUUGCAAGAAGAGAUUGACGAUUGGCGUAAACACGAAUACAAGUCGUUUCGCCCCCAAGUCGAUUCGCCCCCAAGUCGAUUCGCCCCAAGUCAUUUCGCCCCAGUGGCUAAGUCGAUUCGUCUCAACGUUUCGUUGCCAAACAACUUCAAAUGAUGGAUUAAUUAAAAAUAUAGUCAAGAAUACACAGACAUAUAAAUGUUGUCAUUGUCACUGAGUAAUUAUUUGCAAGCUACCGUUACAUGUGCGAUUUUUUUCAUGAAUGUUUACAUUUCAAACAUUUUAUAUUGUUGGUUUCAUUCCAUACAUAUUUUGAAAGAAUGCUAUAAUACCGGGAUUGAGCCAUUUUUCUAUUUAUAAUUUGAUAUUCUUUCAUUUUGAAAGAAUAUUGUUUCGUUUGCCCAUUGUAAAAACUAAUCACUGCGUUGAUUACCGACUUUGUCAAACCUUUUUGCGCUUUUGUUUUCGUUUGAAAUGUUACGUAGUGAAUAGGUUUUUGCGUGUUUGCGUUUGAUCCAUAUGUCCACAAUACUCGCGUUUGUUUGUUUGUAAGAGAUAUUAAAUUCACUAGCUAACUUGGGGGCGAAACGACUUGGGGCAAAACGACUUGGGGCAAAACGACUUGGGGGCGAAGCGACUGGGGGCGAAACGACUUGGGGGCGAAACGACCGGUUACCAUGAAAACCUUGAACAGGAGAAAGAAAAUCUGUUUAACACAAUGGAAAGUACAUUGAGAGAAAAAGAUAGGGUCAUUGGUCAUUUAAACAUACAUCUAACAAUGAACUGAAACAGUAUAUAGAAAAUCUUGAGAAGCAAUUCGAUUACCCAAAGCAAUACCAAGGGAAAACAGUUUCUGAAAGUAAAAACAAGAGCAGGACAAUAAAAAUUUCUUGUCUAGAGCUGAAGUUGCACUUUCAUUGAGUGAAGCAUUUCGAAUUGAAAUAGAAGCACUCCAUGUAAAUGAACCUGACACUGGAGCCAAACACUUGCUGUACUUUUCUGUGAAUAAUAGGGAGUCUGAAAGUGUGCCAGAACAAAAAAAUUCAAGGUACAGCUCCCUUGACGAGAAUGAAAAAAAAAACAAAUUGAGGAAAUUUUAUUUUUACUAGAUAAGUUCUGUGUUGGCGACAGUUUUUAUCAUGAGCUAUCCAUGUUACACCAAGGACUUCCAAGGUCAUAUUUAAUCAAACAAUGUGGAGAUGACUUGAAUGCAAUGUGUCACAUUGAUAGACAUCCUGGUAGUUCUCAAGGGGCUAAAGUCCACUCAAUUAGAGAAGUUAUUGUUGAACAUGUGAAAGAAUAUCUUGCAAAGUUAGAAAAUUUUGAUUAA